AUGGCCUUCGGUUCUAUCGGUCGCGCGCUGGCCUUCUUCUGCCUUUGUAGAGACGGUUUCUCUAAAUCUCCACACGGCAACGAGCCGAGGGCACGGCUCAAUUCGUUCGACGAAGACGUCUACGUCCCCCCUGUGCUGCCCCGAAUGUCCUCGUCCCCGCAUUCCACGGUCGCGCAUGCGCAGGGCUCGCCCCCGCCAUACUUCGUGCCACAUCCGGCAUUCAGGUCCACGCCACCGUCGUCCCCGGUGUACAUGCAGGACUCCCAGAGUCGCAGAUGGCACACGCAGAAAAGCCGCACACCAUCAAGCAGUGGUCCGCAGUGA